AUAAGAUUUGGAUUAUUUUAACCGUAAUUCUGGACGUUUCCCGCAGCAGCUGAGAAACUUACAGUACAAGGUCUACAAAACUAGACAACUUCGGGACGCAGAAGAAAACGAAAUAAGGUGCCAGGCUAAGAAACCCUGUGUAUACAUAAUGUACCAACACUGCACAAAGUCAAAGCAAAACCAAAAAAGGCUUGCCCACCAGAAAGUCUGAACCAGAAAUUUCAGAUAUAUACUGUAUAGAAAUAGAAUCAGCAGAUGUUAUUAUUUGAAAAGGCCAUAUAGAUGUCAGGACUCCUACAGUGAAGAGUAGACCUGCCAUUGUGAUGUGAAAUGUUGCCCUUAUAUAGCAACAGGUCUCCAGGGGGGUCAUAAAAGCAUCAUCUGGGAGCACAAUAAAGACCUGUGGACUUCACUGUUGGCAUCAAAACUACAGUUGCCAUCUCUGAACUACAGAACAGAUUUUGGUGACAGUGUUUUGAGAAGUUACAGUAGCAUAUACUGUACAGUACAGGUACAUAAGGCGGAAAGUCACACGAUAAAUUUUAAAAUAGAAUAAAUCAAAAGUGAACGUUUUAAAUAGACUAGAUACCUACAGGAAAGAUAACUUACAGCGAGGAAGGAAACAAAAUAAACCCCGAACAGAUGGCUCGAGAAAUAAACAUGGAUUCACAGCGCCAGGAAUUCUGGAAAGAAGCAAUACUCAAAGAAAACCUUAUCAGGCUUAACUGGCAGAAGGAUUUCUGGACAAAAAACCCCCGAGUCAAGGCAAAGAGAACACCAGCCAAGGAGAAAAGACUGAAACUGCCACGCAUUGAUGCUCCUGCAAAAAAGGAAACAAAUGUAAAAAAAGAAAGCAAAAUAGAAAAUCUGGUGGAAGCGGAGACCAAAAAAACUACAGAGGAGGUGCUAGAGACUGGAGCGAUGCGACCUGUCUCAAGAGCAACAAGGGAAGUAUUGUAUCAAGGUAUUUCUAAAGAGGAGACAGGCCGUUACAAAUACCUACACCUAAGAAAACAGCAGAAGCCGGAGGAAAAAUAUGUUUACCCAGUAACUAGUAAUUGGCAGUACGGAUGGCAAUUAGGUGAUAUGACAAAGUAUGGUGCUCCAGUUUAUGGACUUACAGCAAUUAUGAGAGACAGUUUCUUCAGAAAAAAUGGAAUCUUUCCAGAAACAUCCAACAUAGUUGGAUAAAUCAAACCCUUGGAGAACACCAGCAACUGAAGACAAACACCACAGCUAACAUUAAAACAAUUAUUCUUGCAUCUUU